ACUAGUAAGAACCGUGUCCGGGUAGAAACGUGAGCUCGGUGCCAUGUGGAGUGAAAACCGUGCUGGAGAGUAGAAACCAAAACACGUAAAAAUGAGUCUUUUACCCCGAACCGCCGAGGAGUUUAGCUCAGCUGAAUACUGGGAGAAAUUCUUUAAAAAGCGCGGAGAAAAGGCUUUUGAGUGGUAUGGAGACUACAACAAACUGUGCGGCGUCUUGCACAAAUACAUCAAAGUGACGGAUAAGGUGCUGGUGGUUGGUUGCGGUAACUCUGAGCUGAGCGAACAGCUGUAUGACGUGGGCUACAAACAUCUGAUGAAUAUAGACAUAAGUGAGACAGUGGUGACACAUAUGAGCCAGAGGAAUGCAGAGCGAAGGCCUGGCCUGCUUUUCCAUCAGGUGGAUGCUACUCAGACUCCAUAUGAGGAUGUCAGCUACCAGGCUGCUCUGGACAAGGGCACCCUGGAUGCUAUGGCGUCACAAGAGGAAGGAGUGUUGGCUGGGAAAAUGCUCACUGAGGUAAGCCGUGUUCUCUGUGUUGGAGGGAGGUACAUCUGUGUGACGCUGGCCCAGGAGAGCGUGAUUAGGUUAGCUGUGGAGCACUUUGUUCAGCUUGGAUGGGCGGUGAGACUCCACUGCCUGCAGGAGGAAAGAGGUGCUGAAGAGGAAGACUCCUUUGCUCUGCCCAUUUUCGUCCUAGUCUGCACUAAAUUCCGUCAGCCAAUGCCUAUGCCCAUUCUUGAGAUGUGUAUUGGGGAUGAUGGUGCCCCUGUCCGGCACACACAAGUUAAUGAACUGUUAUCGUCUGUGAGAGAGUAUCAGGCUUAUUCUGUUUUGAGGAAGCGGCUCCGCACAAGCACUGAUCCUGGCUCAAAUCUCUCACUAACUCUCUGCCACGUCAAAACAGGACUGCCCAGAUACACUCUUACAGUGCAAGACUGUCCACCUGGAGCCAAGGUGCCACGAUCCAACCAGUUUGCUAUAUUUAUUGUUCCACAAGGGAGUGAGACAGCUUGGCUCUAUAGCUCUGUUGAGGGCAGGAAGCAGCUGGCAGCCAGUGCAAACUUCCGGCGCCUGGUUAUUGUUUUGAUGCACAGAAAUCAGGAGUACACAGACAUGCAAGCUGUCCAGUCAGAGCUCUCACCUGUGGUCAUGGACCUGGCUCCACCGUGUAUGCCAACCAACCAGCAGGUGCCGUUUCUGUCAGUGGGGGGUGACCUCGGUUGGCGAGAGGAUGUGAGCAGAGGUGUGAGUCGGCUCAGUGGCGAGUAUUGUGUGGAGAAUGUCAGAGGAGAAGAUGGAGAACUUUAUCGUCGACUUGUGUUCCUGUCAAAUGUUGCCCUCGUUCAGUCGGAGAGCCGACUCGUCUCAUCUAACACGGCAUCAAGUCAAAGGAAGAACAAAAAGAAAGUGAAGACGGCAGUCACAUCUCCACCUCCUCUGUCAGUGGACAGUGGCUUCCUCUGCUGUGCUCACCAUGAAGUCAUGGUGGCUGGGCUUACUGUCCUUGGGGUGGGCAUGCCACAGAACAAAGAUGUUCCUGUAUCAGUGCUCCUGGUGGGGCUUGGUGGGGGAGGCCUGCCUCAGUUUCUGCGGGACUUUGUGCCCAAUGUAUCAAUCGAGGUUGUAGAACUGGACCCUGUUGUCCUGGAGGUGGCAAAGGAGUGGUUUGGGUUCAGACCAGAUGACCAUUUGACUGUUACUGUUGGGGAUGGCCUGGAGCGCAUUUGUGCCCUGGAGGAAGAAGGCGGUCACUUCUUUGAUGUCAUCAUGUUUGAUGUUGACAGUAAAGACAGCUCUUUGGGAAUGAGCUGUCCUCCCGCUGCCUUCGUAGAAACCCCCAUUCUGCAGAAAGUUUUUGACUUGCUCACUGCCAGAGGACUUUUUAUGCUGAACCUCGUGUGUCGUGACCCAGCCCUGAGGAAAACUGUUCUUGAGCGCGUGAGGAGCAUGUUUCCCAGCGUUCUCUCUCGAAAGAUGGCCGAGGAAAUCAACGAAGUUCUCCUGUGCUGCCGAGAACAAAAGGACACCGCCCACAUCCUUCCAUCCUUGAGCCAGGCAGCCAAGAAUCUGCAGAGCACUCUGUGCUCUGACAGGACUCAAACUAAAUGCAGGCCCCAUAUCGACAUUGCAGAGAUGUUAAAAGACCUGAAAGUAGAGUAAAGGUUGUGUUCUGUGGGUUUUAAAAUCAUGAAGCUUUGGCUUUGUUCAGUGUGUGCAUGAUCAAACAUUUAAAAUGUGGGUACUUGAUGGAGUGGCUGCGUCAAAUCACUAUUAAAUAUACACAUGAGUUUCUCA